AUGCUUGGUCGUGGGCCAGGUCGACGGCCUUGCCGUUUCUCCCCUGUUCUUGCUUGCCUUGCCUUGAGACACAGACGGACACAAUCCCUCGCCACCUACCACGAGGUUUUGGACGUUUCAAGCAACCGCCGAGUCGCUGCCGAACCGACGGCCCAUGGUUGUACCACGAGGUUCGAGGCGAGUGCUCUGCGGCGGCCAAGGGGUCCAGUUACAUCAUAUGCUGAUCUAGGUGGGGGGGAUUCCAGUAGAGAUGUGGUUUAA